AUGCAUGUGAUGCCCGUUGAGUGCCGCCUCUUGGGGUCAGAGAGCUGUGAUGGCCUUGUUCUGAGGUGCCCACUUCAGAUGAGGGGAAUGAAGAGGAACCCAGCUCUUUUAGUGGUGCAAGUGAAACCUGAUGGGAGAAUAUGGAAGCACCAUUUUAGAGAAAUAGGAACUGAAAGUCAGAGCCUUUUUCUAAGGACUGUGCUUCAGGUGGCAGGAACAGAAGGCCUGGGGUCAGCCUUGCACCCACUGUGCAGUGGAGAAUUCUCAGGAUUGGCCCUUUGUCUCCCUGGUCUCAGGGAGGAGGGCCUCGCUGUGAGGAUCUUCAGCAGGUCACAGGAGCAGACACGUCCUGUCAGCAAAGGGAGCAGCUCAGGAUCUGCAGGGAAUCGAGGAGAGGAACUUGGGGGAGGACUGAAGGUGUUUUUAUUGGUUGUAGCUGUGUCCCAGUCAAGAGGUUUCCCUGCUCACACUGGUACAGAAGGAAGGCAGCCAGAACCCACAUCAGUGUUGGAUACAGUGCUGGAAAAGGAGCUCAGGAGGGGAAGGUCUUGGUCUGAGGCAGCAGCCACAGAUCACACGGGACACCAGGCCCAGGAGUCAAGGCAUCUGACUCUUCAUCACCAAGCUCUCGCUCUCCCCAAAGAAUCUCAGAACUUCUUCAGAGGACACAGCGCAGCAAGCUUGGAGGAGGCCAUCUUGUGCAAAGAGGCGCACGGGGCCUGGCAGGACUGCAGGUUUUGAAGCCCGUGAGA